AUGGUAUGGGCAGGAAUUAUUCAAAAGUUGGAUUUCAUCCAGACGACUGGUAUAGAUGCAAUAUGGCUGUCUCCGAUAUUUAAGUCUCCUCAGGUUGAUAACGGCUAUGAUAUAUCAGACUAUCGUGAUAUAGAUGAGAUGUACGGUAGUCUGGAUGACUUAAAACAACUAGUUGAAGAAGCUCACAAACGUGGCAUCAAAGUAAUUUUAGAUUACGUGCCCAAUCAUACCAGCGAUCAACACAAAUGGUUCCAGGCCUCAUUAAACAAGGAAUCUGGAUACGAAGACUUUUAUGUCUGGAAAGACGCUGUGAUCGUCAAUGGAACAAGAUCGGCACCAAAUAACUGGGUGAGUGAGUUUAAAGGAACUGCUUGGGAAUGGAGUGAACAAAGACAGCAGUACUACCUUCACAAGUUUUCGAUUGCUCAACCUGACUUAAACUACCGAAAUCCGGAUGUAGUGAAAGAAAUGAAGGAUGUUUUAAGGUAUUGGUUGGAUUUUGGUGUUGAUGGCUUCAGAAUGGAUGUCGCGUAUGCUUUAUUUGAAGAUUCUAGGUUUCAAGAUGAGCCAUUAUCAGGAGACCCAACCGCCGAACCAGGCGACUACACAUACUUAAGCCACAUAUACACGGAGAACCAAAACGAAACCCUCGAUAUGAUCUACCAAUUUCGGGAAUUUCUGGACGAGUAUAACGCGAAUCAGUCGUACCCUCGCGUACUCAUGACCGAGGUCUACAGCGAUAUCAACACUACCAUGCUAUAUUUUGGCACAGCGGAUAGGUCCAGGUUAGGUGCCCACUUCACUUUCAAUUUCUGGACUUUUAUCACCGGUCUUCAGAAGGGUUUUAGUGGCGUUGAUCUUUUGAACUCUAUCUGGAACUGGAUUGAUCAUAUGCCUGAAGGGUACACCUCGAACUGGGUGUUGGGUAAUCACGACCAGAACAGAGUUUCCACACGAUUUGGUCCGGAAAAUAUAGACGCUUUAAACAUGUUGGUUUCCAUUCUACCUGGAGUUCAAGUAACUUACAAUGGUGAGGAAAUUGGGCAGGAAAAUGGAGAAGUGACUUGCGCAGAAGGGUACGACCCGCAAGCUAUUAAAAAUUGCAGUACUUUCAAUGAAACUAGCAGAGAUUUUGAACGGACACCGAUACAGUGGGACAGUACUGUGAACGCAGGUUUCAACAAUGGCACUAAACCCUGGCUACCAGUUAGUCAAAAAUACCUACAGACUAACUUACAGAAUCAGAAUGUCACCGGUCCCGGUGUAAACAGUCACUACAAGGUUUACAAGGAUUUACUAAGUUUAAGAAAAGCAUUUAAAAAUGAGAGCAAUCAUUAUUUUGAGCUAUCUAAUGCAGGAGAUAUAUUAGGUUUUCAGAGAUUUACAGAACAAUUUCUCCAGAAUUAUGUGUUUCUGUACAAUGUUGGUGAUGAACCGCAAACUCCGGAGAAUAUCAACGUUUACAAUUUCACGACGAAUGUGUUAGUUAGAAGCACUAACAGUAUAUACAACGUUGGGGAUGCAUUUAAUACAAGUCAACCACUUCAAGCUAAAGAAGCAGUGCUGUUUAGUGUCUACUAAAACUCUGUUAUUUUGUAGUUUUAUGUACUAAUAUGUAUAUAAUAUUAUUUGUUUCUGUAACCAGUUUAUAUGUUUAUUUUAUUUAAUAUUACAAUAAAUCAUUAUUUAUAAAGAUC